AUGACGACUGUCUCUGCUGCCGAUCGCGCCCCCAUGGAGAUUCUCCUCCGCAUCUUCAGUUGCCUGGUGCCCUCUCCCCAAUACUGCUGGGAGCAGAUGGCGCGCACGUAUCAAGACCAAGUCAAUGUUCCCAUGAUUAUCGAAACCAUGCGGAACGUCCGCGCCGUCUGUUCAACCUGGCGAAACCUGGUCUACUUCCAGCGGUCCAUGGCCGUCCCCCUCGUCAUCGACCUGGACGACAAAGGUCAACCCAAACAACCACUUCGUCCCAUCCUCCAACUGGUGCAGAUGCAAGAGACACUACCACUUGUUGCCGCCGUUCUAGCUUCCCCUCAUUCGUCUACCCCGAUGACCACUCUCGCCAUCGCGCACGCCCUCAGGCUGGCGAACGAUUUCUCCCAUCGCCUCACCCAUCUCAUAAUCCGCUUGGACGGCUUACACCAGUCACCGUUUCCCGCAAUCUAUGCCCCGCAGCUCACGCACCUCCUCAUACGUAGAGAUAGUUGUCCGACCAGCUAUAACUACCGUUGCGCAGGCGCCGAUCGUCAGCAUGCCCUUGAUUUCAUUCGGGCUAUUGAUGCGCCUCACCUCCAGGUACUGGACGCUGCUGUGGCGUCGAUCGGCCCAUCUAUCUCCUUCGACCCCUUCUUCGUACCUCCGUUCGGUGGAUUGACUGUGCUCAACAUCACAACGGAGACCCUCACCCAGCUGGCCGCCGUGCUCAAAGCUUUACCGACCUUGGAAUGCGUCGCAACCUCCAUAUACGUUCCCCAUGGUCAAGUCGACCUUGAUGACCCAACCAUCUACAUCAUGCCGGUCGUUCACUUGCCACGCCUCACUACGUGGAAGUAUCGCGGGAUGCCGGCUUAUCUGUGGCCAAUGGUUGGCGCCCUGCGCUCGUGCUCCCAGCUGCGAGAACUGUACGCAUCCCUCCACGACGAACCUACCAGCCUUCCGCAGUAUUGGCAUGAGAUUCCCCAGAUAUGGCCCGACCUAACCCUGCUGGCGCUGUCCCAGUUCGUCCUCGACGAGGAAGAGUUGCUCGCCCUUGUGCGCGCGUUGCCCCUGCUCACGUCCCUCGCUCUGGAGGCCGGUCGCACGUGGCACCCGGAAUCCCAUGGAGCGCCAGCACCGGUCGGGUCAGCAUUCCUUCGCGCGCUUGUAGCAGAGCCGCCCUUAUUGCCCAACCUCUCGCGCUUCGCCAUAUAUCAUUCCACGUGCUGCGCUCCUCCUCCUCAUCUAUCCGACGUAGUGGCGGCUCGCAUGCGCGGCGUCCAUCCACUUUCCACACCGCUACAAGAGUUCACCCUCGCGCCCGCCUGCUGUCGCAAACACAUCGACCACCCCCAAUAUGCAGAUGAGCGCGCACUACGGCAACUUCGUCGGCACGGUUACCGCGUCCGCCUGUGCUGGAACCACCGCACUAAUUUCAUGCGCCCGGUCUGCGCGGGAUGUGCUGCCGCUGCGCGUCCUCGGACACCGCCUGUGCAGACAGGAGCAUGGGGAGAGGGCUGGGGAGACUGGGAGCCGGCAGGCGGGGGAGUCUGGGGAUCGGGAGGCUGGGGCGAUUGGGAAUCGGCUGGCUGGGACGACUGGGAAUCGGGAGGCUGGGGCGGCUGGGAGUUGUCAACGACUGUGUAG